AUGAUACCACACUUUUGCCUCUACCCCAGGGAGGACGUGACGCCGUAUAUGAGGAACACACGACAGCCAAGCUAUUUCUCCAAGAGGAAGUCUACCGGCUGGACUCGUCUCCCGGCCUACGAUCCCUGCCCCCAGGACCAUGCCGCGACUUUCCUCAUCCUCAGCUGGGGCCCUAUCAUCUAUCGUACUGCGUACGGACCAGAGUCCAAGCAGCUUCUGCGUAUCUUCCUGCGCUGCCUUAACAAUGCGGUUAAUAGGUCAUUACACCGACUGAUGACCGGCUCCAACGAGCAACUUCGUCUCCUGGAAAAAGCCUACGCAUCUAAAAUAUUCAGCGCACGGCGCACUUAUAGUGGCUGUAGUGAAGAGGGCGUGCGCGAGGCCUUUCGCAACUUCAAAGCGUCCCUGGCGAUCCCGGCCACGAAGUUACCGAGCAGGCUGCGCGUGUGUUUGAUGGUUGAUGAAGGGGUUCUUUCGCAUAUGAAGAGUGUGCUAGAUGUAUCUGCUGUACCGGAAAAGCAUGCCGAUAUUGGGUCCUGCUGGGUUAAAGUGGUCGAGGACAAUUUCCCGGACGCUCGAUUUGGUGACCAGCCUUAUGUGACAUCUGUGGGUCUAGAUGAGGUUGAUGGCACCGGAGACUAUCGUGGGGUAUAUCGCGGGUGGACGAUGGUAGCUCUCUCGGCACUGGUUGAGGUGUUUGAUGGGCUUCGACAGAUGAAAUACUUGGUUGAAUAUCAUCGCGAGGGACGCGUAUAUCUGGGCGAAGGGAAAUGGAGUACGACAUAG